GACGCGCGCCGGUCUGAGUGUUUGCUCCCGGCGGGGGCCGCGCCCCGCGGCAGCCCCUGCGUGAACCCGGCCGGUGGUUGCCACGUGCAGGGCCGGAGCCGCAGGGAGGCCAGGAGUGGGGACUCAGCCAGCUGUUUUUUCGGUGUGGCGACCAGACCUGAUGGGUGAAAAGGGUGACUCUGCUCCCAUUUCUAGGGGUGCGGAAGAUUCCCUCAACAUCUGCCCGAUUUUCAUCUUCCCCAAGAGAUCCCUAUCUAGGAUUUGGCUCGCCUCAAUUUCCUUCUCUGCAUAGCUUGGGGGCAUAGGACCCCAUAUCCUUUCUUGCCUCCCGCAUGAAUGUCAGUGGGUCACCUUUGAAGUCUGGGCACUAAGUCUUGGGCCCCUUAGAGACCCGAGUCCUGGCUUAGGCACUCUGGGUCAGGCCAGAUGGGACAGCACCUCACUGUCCAUGGGGUCCUGCCAUAGCCUGUCCACACGCAGCCGGCUUAAGCAGGUGACUCCUGGUAGGGAGCUGCAGGCAUGUCUGGACUGGAUGCCAUGCUUAGCCCCCAAGGCAGGCAGAGUGACCAUCCCUCUGACCCUAUCAGUGAGGGGCAGAGUGGAUUCCAGGCCGGUUGUCACAGUGUGCCGUGUCCCAUGGAUUGUGCCUUCUGAAGACCAGGGUGGGAUUGAUGGAGAAGCCCCAGGAGGGCAGCUCUGACUACUGCCGUUCCCAACACCGUGGGUGCUGCCGCUGAGGAGGCCUGUGUACCUCUGGCCCUCACCAUUGCCCUUGCCUCCCAAUGGCCUCUGCUGCCAGGCCGGAGGCCAGCACUGCUGCCUGAGCCCGCUGCCCCUCUUCAGGACUUGCCGUUCCCUGAUGGGGUAACGUGACAGACCGGAUCAGAGGCUGCCUGCCCACCACGGCCCAGGGCCGCCAGAGUUUGGUUGAGUUCAAGUUCAUUUUCCCUUUGGUCCUGACUGCUGGGGCCCAACUCUGACCAAAGGGGACACUCCUCCGUCCACCCAUGCAGAGAGGGUGUCUCCAGCGACGGCCCCAUAGAGGACACUGCUCUGCGGCCGGAGUCACCAACCCGAAGUUCUCUCUGCUUAGUUUUUUUCGUUGUUGUUAUUUUUAUUUUGACUCCUUGUAACUUCUCCACUCUGAGGGACAGGACUUUGGAGCUGCCCAUCUUGCUGCGGGGUGGGGGAGGGGUGUGUUUGUUUCUUUUCUUUUUUAGAAUUGGGUUUUUUUGGAAUUAUCCGCCACGAGGCAGCUUCCUCUCCCUCUCCCAAGUAUUUGCACAAUAUUUGUGCGGGGUGUAGGGGCGAGGUUUUAAGAAGUCUUUUCUUUGUGGACAAGCACGGGGAUCUCACUGGACUUGGUGUGGGGGGCUGGGGGACCCCCCGUGCAGCCCUUGCUGGCUAGUCCCCUCUGGGUCCCCGGAGGAGGCAUGGCCCGCAUGAACCGGCCUGCCCCUGUGGAGGUGAGCUACCGACACAUGCGCUUCCUCAUCACCCACAACCCCAGCAAUGCUACCCUGAGCACGUUCAUCGAGGACCUGAAGAAGUACGGGGCUACUACCGUGGUGCGCGUGUGUGAAGUGACCUAUGACAAGACCCCCCUGGAGAAGGAUGGCAUCACUGUUGUGGACUGGCCCUUUGAUGAUGGGGCGCCCCCUCCUGGCAAAGUGGUAGAGGACUGGCUGAGCCUGCUGAAGGCCAAGUUCUACAAUGACCCGGGCAGCUGCGUAGCUGUGCACUGUGUGGCGGGCCUGGGAAGGGCCCCAGUGCUCGUGGCUCUUGCCCUCAUCGAGAGUGGGAUGAAGUACGAGGACGCCAUCCAGUUCAUCCGACAGAAGCGCCGUGGGGCCAUCAACAGCAAGCAGCUCACCUACCUGGAGAAGUACCGGCCUAAGCAGAGACUGAGGUUCAAAGACCCACACACGCACAAGACCAGAUGCUGCGUCAUGUAGCUCAGGCCCUGGCCCUGUACCUCAUUACAUCUGUGUCUAAGGAGUCCAACGGCUACGUGCGUCCCUGCUCUGUCCCCAUCUGUACCCACGACUGUCUUUCUGAAGCUGUCCCUGGACCCUCUGCCAGUCCUGUCCAACCCCUGUCCCCCACCCCCCACUGCCCAGGCCUUCCCCCUGGCCUGUGUAUUGUAGGUGGGAGUUUUUAAACCACUGGGCCCAAUGCCUCAGCAGUGUGGCCCUCACCCUAACCUUUUUCCAGCACCUUUGUUACCAGGUGCUCUGGACUCUCAAGGCAAUAAAUCAGGAGCUGUGGA